AUAAAAGGGUUCUAACUGACAUUUUUUCAUAAAAUGAGGUUUUGGUGUAAUAAGGUUCUAACUGACAAACUGAAUGUAUUCUAAACAUCUGUUUUGGUUUAUGUCAGCUGAUAAUUUAAUAAUAAGCAAAAUAAGAUAGUUCUAUCUGCUAAAGUCACUCUUUUACAAUUGAAGAAGGUUCUAACUGCAACUUACAACCAUAUUGGUCCCAAAAACAAAUAGUUUUAGUUCAAUAAGGUUCCAUUUGCAGAUGGAACCAUGUUAUUUAAAUGAAUUAUCUUUUUCAAUGCAGUAAGGUUCUAUCAGCUGAUGUAAAAGCCUGAUUCAAUGUAUUAAGGUUAUUUUGCUUGCGGUUUUCCUAGAAACUGUAAUAUUAUUUAUUGGGAUGUUUUAUAACUAAUAUGAGUUCCAUAAACGAUAGUGAAAUAUUAGAGGCACUAGAUGAUAGUGAAGAUCAGUGUGCUCCAAGAAAUCAGAGUUUCACUUCUGACAGGUAAGAAAUCUAACCUAAAAUAACCCAUACUGAUGUUUUGCUCUAAACCAUUAACAUAGAUAAAACAACAUUAAAACUGGUAAAUGGCUAUAUACCAGAAUCCAAAUUGAAUGCUAAAUUUGUGUAUUUUAUUCAAAUAGCUAUGAUUUUAUCAAUCAAAAUUUCUAUUAAAGUCUAUAGUGUUUUCAUUUGGUUAUAAUUCCAUUAGUUUUAUUCAUGUAUGUUCUGAAUUUUUUCUUUGAUUUUAGCAAUGCUGGUUCAGAGAGCAAUCUUGAUCAAUGUGUAAACAACAACUAUGUUCCUACAAAGGGUGAUCCCAAUGAACAAGGAGAUGACAUCCAAGAUGAACAAGUAGAAGAAUAUCCCACUGAAUGUGUAAACAUACUAGAUCCAAGUAACUCAGAAAUUAAUUAUGGUGCACACAAUAACCUUGAGCAAUAUAUGGAGGACAUCCAUGAAGAAACCGCAGAGGAUAACCAUGACAUCAUAGAGGACAAUCAUGAUGAAAUCACAGACAACAACCAUGAUGAAACCACAAAGGAUAAUUACUAUGACCAACUGGCUGAGGACAACCAUGAUCAACUCGCUGAGGACAGUCAUGACCAACUCGCUGAGGACAACCAUGAUAGGCAACUUUUUAGUGAUGAAGGGAACAUUUUUAUAGUCAUAACAGCAAAUCAAAACUGUGACGAAGUGCAAGAAGACUUUUUAAAUGUACUAGAUGGAACUGUAGUUACAAUUAUUGAAGAAGAUACACAAAGCAUUAAUGAAGGUGAUUUUGUCACAGAACUUUCUUCUAAUGAAUCAGUACAAACUUUGGUAUUUACUCCGGACAAGUCUCCUCACCCUACUCCUGAGGACGAACAAAUUCAACAGACAAUCACUGAAGGCACUCCAGAUGAUAUUGACAGCUUGCCUGUCCAGAAGAAGCCUAGGAAAAGAUUACAAACUCCAGAUAACUGGAAAAUAAACCAAAGGAAAAGAAAACACCAGGCAGGGGAAGAAUAUAUCAAUCAAAAAGGUAAACUAAUUCAUAAGAAAGAAAUUAAAACAAGAAAAGACUGCCUAAACAAUUGCAAAUUCUUUUGCAAUAAGAAGAUUACUUGCGAUGAAAGACAGGCAGUAUUUAAGGCUUUUUAUACUUUAAAGACGCAAAAUGAGAAGUACAUGUUCUUAAAAAAUCUUACUGAAAGAUCGCUAACAGCCAGAAAACAAAAUAAAGGUGUUGAAAACUCUGUAUCAAGACGUCAGUUUUCUUUUCGAUACUAUUUUAAUAUUAACAAUGAAAGAAUCCAGGUUUGUAAAACCUUCUUUUUAAGCACUUUAAGCAUUUCUCAGAAACCAAUUUAUAAUGUCCAUCUUAAGAAAGACCCUGAGACUGACCUACCAAAAAAUGACCAAAGAGGACAUAACAAAAGUACUGUGAUUCCUGCUUACGCUAAAAAUGAUGUCAGGAUACAUAUAAAAUCCUUCCCAGUUGUGGAAUCACAUUACUGCAGAAAGAAUUCCUCUAAACAGUAUUUAGACAGUUCAUUAAAUAUUUCUAAGAUGUAUUCUCUUUUUGUUGAAAAACAUCCUGAUACUAUUAUUAAAGAGAGUAUGUAUAGGAGAAUAUUCUUAACAGAAUUUAACAUGGAUUUCCAUUUUCCAAAAAGUGAUCGCUGUGACACGUGUGAAGAGCACAAGGUGAGUCUUAAAGAGAAGUUGCCUGCAGAUUCAGAAAAAUACCAACUUCAUGUAGCAGAGAAAAAUGCUAUGCGAGAAGCAAGACAUAAAGAUCGUGAAAACUCUGAUGCUACUGUAUUAAGUUUUGACUUACAAAAUGUAAUUACUUGCCCAAGAGCUGAGAUUAGCAGUUUUUUUUUACUUUAGUAAAUUAAAUGUUUACAACUUAACUGCCCAUUUGAAAACAAAAAAUGGUAAGAAAGUUUACUGUGCUCUGUGGACAGAGGUAACAGGUGGUCGUACAGGCAAUGAUAUUGCCAGCGCUGUAUAUAAAAUUGUGAAGAAAGUUUUGCUAGAUUUUCCAGAAACCGACAACUUGAUAACUUGGAGUGACUCAUGUGUUCCUCAAAACAGAAAUCAAAUGAUGACGGGGGCUAUGAUGCUGAUUCUUAAAAACAAUCCUCAACUCACAUCGAUUACAAUGAAUUAUUCAACACCUGGUCAUGGAGCUGUCCAAGAAGUAGACAACAUUCACAGCCACAUUGAAAAAGCGUUUAGUGGUACUGAGUUUUUCUCGCCUGUAAGUCUGAUGAGAAUUUUGAAAAUUGUUAACCGGAAAAAUCCUUAUGUUGUUUUGCAGAUGACAGAAAAUGACUUUUUGGACUUUGCAGCAUCCAGUAAAGAGCUCAAUAUGAAACUGAUACCCUUUACACUUAUAAGUUCACUAAAACUAUCCCAAGUCUUUGGAUUGGUUGAGUAUAAUGAAUUACAUGGGCAAGAAAUGAAGCAUGUCAACAUUAAACCAACUAUGAGAACAUCAAAAAGAAGAAAGACUUCAGAAAGAUUAACAGAAUAUAUAAGCUAUGAAGAACCUGGAACAGUACAAGGCAUUAUAAAGCUGAAGCCAGAAAAGAAGAGGGAUUUAAAAAGAAUGGAAAGAUUUAUGCCUAUAGUAGAUAGGGAGUAUUAUCAAGUAAUUCUUAAUGCUCACUAAACAUUGUGUUGAAAACUCUCUUAGAAAUAUCAUAUUUUUAUUUACUGUUUUCACAAUCCAGGUGUGAUAGACAUAGCACUUAAGUUAAUUAGUGCAGUUUUGUAAAUUUUUUAUACCGACAUUGUUAAUAAUAAAAUUAACUAUACUAAUUGUA